AUGGCAGAAGAGGCACGACAGCCGCGGUGCUUUGUGUGCGGGAAGACACUCGAGGGGGCAACGGUUGUGGCGGUCCAUUCGGCACGAUUCCAUGAGGCGUGCUGGGAGUGGUGGCUCCCGCAGGGCAAAGUCGACUCGCACUCGUACAUGCAGGUGGCGGCAUCAUCGGGCCUGUUCUUCAAGGGCGGCAAGAUUAAGGUCUUUGCCAAGGGCGGCAUGCUCUCGUCGUCAAAGUGGCGGGACCGGCUCGGCGUCCUCACGCGUGAGGGCAUGUUUGUCUACCGCAAGGCCAAGGAUCCGGCCUAUGAGUCUUGUGUUCUGUUCGAGGAUGUCGACGAUGUCCUGCCCGGCCGAUCGUGGGCCGGCUGGGGUAAGAAGACCUCCAAGAUCCGCCGAGAUCUCGCUGUGGUUCUCCUCCUCAACUCUGGCGCUGCGCCGUUUGUCUUUGAGUCGAGCGCGAUUGACCUUACCAAGUGGCUUGUCUUUGCCCGCUUUCUCCGCAAGCUGAAGGCGGCCGGCACCGCUGGCCAUGUCCAUCGCAUCUCGCCGGUAGCUGCUGUCGCCGGAGAGUACGUGUACUCGGACGACGAGGCGGUUCUCGACGAGGCUGAGACUGAGGAGGUCGACUGUGAUGACUGGAUUUACGGUGAGGGUGAGGGCGAGGGCGAGGGCGAGGGCGAGCAUGUGUACGAGCAUGUGUACGAGUACGAGUACGACGAUGGCGCCGGGGCCAGCGGGUCGCUGAAGGGUGCGCUGAGCGCCUCACUGCAAUGGUCCAAGUCGGAAGAGAUUGCUGCGCUCCUUGGGCGGCGGGCCCAGUUUUGGUGGGGUGACGAUGACAGAUGGCGAGUGGGCCGUUUUGUGGCCUUUGCCGACGCCACUGACAUGUUCUCGAUCAAGUACACUGAUCCGGUGUCAGGCGAAGAAGUCACCCUUGAGCAGGCCCUCGACGACAUGCCGUACGAGCUGCUGAGCGACGACAGCAGCGCGCUGCAGCGGAUGCGGUCGAUUGCCACCGUCUCGUCGCUAGUACGCCGCGAGUCGCGGGCGGAUAUGGGCAGCUCGGGUGAUUGGGCGGAUAGCAAUGGCAUUCCGCGCCUUGCCUCGGACACCUGGAUUGAGCACAUCAAUGACCACCUGGACGGCGACGUCGUCGCAGUUGUCCCUGACCAUCUUGUUGGCUGCUUUGUUCGCGUGUGGGAAGACGAGGAGUCGGAUGUGUUCUCCACCGGGCAAAUCAUGAGCUACGACGAGAGCACGGCGCUCUUUGCAGUCGAUUUUGCCUCGGAGCACGGUGUGGCGUCGCGGCAGUUUAAGUUCAACGGCGAUGUCGAGUUUGAGCUUAUUGCUGAGAACAUGCUUCAUGCGUCGCACCUCAACGCUGACCUUGCGGUUGCACAGGAUGCAGCCGUGGUCAUGGGCAAGGAAGGUGAGGACGGCGAGGAAGAUGCCGGUGACAAGGACGGCGAGGACGGCGAGGUUGGCGUGAUCGCCACAGCCGAGUCCAAGGGUGAUGCCGUGGACGAGUCUUUGUUGGAAAUCAGUGCUACCAGUGAUGUUGAGGUUGAUGUGGAUGAGGAUGACAAGCUGGAAGGCGAAGAUUACUCGACUAUCGAUGUUGAUGAUGUGCUCGGCCUUUUGCGGACUGACACUGAGACGCAGAGCGCGGGCUUGGUGGGACCGUCUUCGCCCGCACCUGCGCUUCUUGCUGUGGCGGUCCAGAAUGUCGAGUCAAUGGGUGACAGGCUUGCCAACCCGAGUGUCAUGUCGAGCGAUGGAGACUGGGCAGCGGCGCUUUACCCGGUCCGCGACCACGUCGAUGCUGUGGCGACCAGUGUCGAUGACCUGGCACUCCGCGUCCAGGCGGCCGAAGCGACUGCGUCGACGGCGGCAUCGCUGGCGGCUGAUGCCCGUCGUGACGCUGCGCAUGCGCUGGAACGGACCGCGUCGCUCGAGGUCAAUGUUGCUGAUGUUGGCUCUGGCUCCGAGCUGGCUGACGCGGUGGCAGUACUUGCCGACGAUGUAGCGAGCGUCAAGGAGGCGUUGGCUACUGUGACAUCGCGGGUCGACGACGUUGCGUCCCACAAGCUCGAGGUCACGCGUGUGCUAGCUGAAGUGCGCGGUGACGGUGACGAAGAGUGCGAGUGGAACAUGCGCGAUGAGGUCCAGCACCUCUCACAGCAGGUUGCGGUCCUUGUUGCUGCAGUCCGCGAAGUGGAUGCCCGGUCGGCCGAGCCGGACCAGAUUGCCGUCGAGGAGCGUGGGCGGCUGUGGGACGAGCUGCGCGCGCUUUCAGGAAGAGUUCGCGACCUUGACGAAGCCCCGCGGGAAGUCCCGGUCGUUCCCGAGCUAAGCGCAGCCGUCGAGGCGCUGCAGCACCGGGUAGCGGACAUGGAAGCAGGCUUGGCUGGUAGUCUCGCCGCCACGACUGGCCUCGAGAGCCAAGCUGGGAUAGGCAGUGCCAGCGCCAAGCUGGACGAUCUCGCACUCCGUGUCGAAGCGCUGACUGAGGUCAUGGGCGAGGUGCAGGAUGCCCAGGGUGAACUGCAGAAUGCGCACGAGGCGGCCAAGCUGGAGAAGCGGGAUGCUGAAACCGCUUCCUCGGCCACCGCGCCUCCGCCCGCUGUGUCGGUUGAAGCCUUCGAGGCGCUUGUCGCUAGCAUCCGCGACCUCGGCAACCUGAUAGGUGACCUUGAGCAGGCGCAGCUGCAGCAAGAGCUGCGACACGCGCAGCUACGCAGCGAGCUCGUGAAUCCACUCCCGCCCCGUGCCCCGACACCGACUGACGAUACCGGGCCAGGCGAUGCCGAGCCGGACGAUGCGGCGUCAGACGCCGCGUUUGUCAUUGUGGCCGAAGCAGCCGAGCGCGCACCUGCACCCGUGCCUGCGCCCACACACAACGCGGUGGCCGAAUUGGAGCGUGAGCGUGAGCAGUGGCGGCUGGAAAAGGCCGAGAUGGAGGCGGCGCACAAGCUCGAGAUGGAGCGGUUGUUGCUUGAGGUCGACCGGGCACGGUUGGAGGAGCAGCGGGCGGCGCUACUGAGCGAGCGGGCGGCACUCGACAACGCGUGGGACGAGCUUGAACAACAUCGCGGCAUUGCAGUCGACCAGCAGGCUCGGGUCCACCGUGAGUUGGAGAACAAGGCUCACGCCCUUGCUGAAAAAGAGAUCGAGGUUGUUGCGGCCGAGGUUGCGGUCAGCGUAACCGCGGCGGCAGCGUCGCAAACGCCGCCUCUGGCGCCGGCGGCUCCUCCUGUCAUCCACCACCAUCACCAUGCGCCCGAGCCUCCGUCAUCCUCACGGUCGGUGCAGGCCUCGUCGCGGGACGACCACCGCAGGGCUGCGUUUGCGGCCCGACGUUCGGAGUCAGGCUCAAACCUGGGUCACGAGGCCGAAACGCAGCGGAGUAUGAGUGCAGCAGCCGCGAUAGACAAGAGCAAGUCGCGGCGCCGACACAGAGUCCGUCGCCGGCGAUCGCAGGCCAGCGACGCGGCUGGGGUGAGCCCGGCGGCCGUGCCGUGGACGCACGUUGUUGAGGAGGAUCCAUUCCCCGACUACGGAGCUGCACCCGGCCCAGGAGAGACCGACCUGUCGCGCCGGGUCCGGAUGAUUUUCCAGCCCGGAGAGCCUCUUUCGUCGCGGUGGCGGCGGUCACCGACCCGGUCGCCAGGGCGCAGCGCCGACCUCUCGACCUCGCCGCUAUUCCUGAGCGGGCUGCCGCGUGGUUCACGAGCGACGCCUUCGCCAGUCAAGCCGUCCUAUCGACUCUCCAGCUCGUUGACACCCAAGGUGUCGCGAACGGCAUCGUAUGCACCGUCGCCGUCGCUGCUGGGCCGGCGAGCCGGCGGAAGCCGCGGCAGAGACAGCAGCCGCGGGCGCGGACGCGAUGGCGAGCUGCUCAACCCGUAUCGGCUCUCGCUCUACGGAUGA